GUGAAAGCGCAGUGCUUCGAAGAGUGGCGAACCAAGAAAAUUGGGACUGAGUUUUCUUCGGCAUUUUUCCCAUUUUCCUGACGGAAAAUCCGACCGAAUCGCGUUACAUUUGCCGUUUUCAUACGUUUGGUGUUGCAAACGAGCAACCGUUCUAUUCCGGAGUGCGGAAUUCGGCGCAGAUCAAUCCCAAUCGAAAUUGCUGACCACGACCGCGACCGCGAAAAAAAAGAGCAGCAGAAGAAAAGUGGUAGUGUGUGUUCGCAAAACCAUCCAACAACCAUCACCACACAUCCCUCAUCACAGUCUGGUGGUAGCAGAAGGCAGAUCAUCGUCGCAGAAAGUAGUGUGAAAAAAGACGAAGAACAGGCGGCGCAGUCCCGGUUUCGUGAAAACACAAAAAGGGGAGCACCAGUCAGUCGGCGGAAGGAAAAUCCACGCAUUUUUUUUCUACACAGCGGAAAAAUCGUCCUAGUUCGAUUCGUUUUGCUAAUCAACCGCAGAGGCUGAAAUACAACUGUUGGUAGUUCUUGGGAAAUGGUAAUGGAAGCACAACCUUCACCGCAAAGCGUUGGCCGCGAGUUCGUGCGCCAGUAUUACACCCUGUUGAAUAAGGCGCCGGAUCACCUGCACCGCUUCUACAACAAUUCAUCGAGCUUCGUUCAUGGCGGUUUGGAUACGAAAAAUCAGGAAGCCACACUGGUCAUCGGUCAGAAGCAGAUCCAUAACAAGAUCCAGCAGUUGAAUUUCCGCGAUUGCCAUGCCAAGAUCAGCCAGGUCGAUUCGCAGGCUACCCUCGGGAACGGCGUGGUCGUCCAGGUGACCGGUGAGUUGUCCAACGAUGGUCAACCGAUGCGUCGUUUCACGCAAACCUUCGUACUGGCCGCCCAAUCGCCGAAGAAGUAUUACGUCCAUAAUGACAUCUUCCGCUAUCAGGACAUCUACUCGGACGACGAAAUCGAUGAAAACGAUCGUUCCGGUGAGGAGGAUGUCGGUGAUGGGGACGUCAACAAUGUCGUAAUCGAUCAGCAGUCUGUUCCUGCCAAUGUGGUUGUUUCCGGUGGCGGUGCUGCUCCGGCUCUUGGCCAACCGCAGCAGCAGCAGCCCCAACAACAGCAGCAGCAGCAACUGUACUAUCCUCCUGGAGUGAUGAAUACUGCCCCCGCUGGAAUCAUCCCAACCUACGGACAACCGCAACAGGCUCAACAACCACAGCAGUCGCAGCAACAGCAGCAACAACAACAACAACAGCAACUUAAUGGUGUUCAUGACGAUCUGUUGAAAUCCGUUCCCCCUCAAACGGCUACCCAGCUGAUGCAACCGUCGGUUGGUGUUGUCCCUCCGCAGAACCCAUCGGUCAUGCAACAGGUACCCAGCGUUGCAACCGGAAUGCCAACGGUCGAUCCUAUCCAACAUCUCUCCCAACAGCAAGUAGUCCAAACCCAGCAGUCAACCCCUCAGCCGCUGCAGCCCCAGCAGAUUCCUCAACCAAUUCCGCAGCAAAUCGUUACACAGCCACAACAGCCCCCACCAACCCCAGUCGCCGAUCCGGAACCAAUGCAAAGCUCGCUCACCAUGAACGAAUUGGACUCCGCUCUACCCUCGGUCAACGAUCCAACGCCAGCCGAGGCUAGUGAUUCACACGACCACCAUCAUCACCACCACCACGGACAUGGCCAAUCGGAUUUGAACGAUCAACAGCAAUCCGUUUCGCAGCAGCAACUGUCCAAUGAACCGAAAACCUACGCUAACCUGGUAAAAUCCGGUGGAACCGGUGGUCCGGGACCCCUGAGCUUCGCUUCCGUGUCAUCUCAUCAUCACCAUCAGCAGCAGCCGCAGCAACAGUCGCACCAUCAACAAGGCUACAGUAAUGUUGCUGCCGGACGUCAAUCCGUCAUGUCGCCUCCGCCGGCGUCUACGCUGCAAGGCGUAAGCUCUAAUAAUGGUGGACAGAGCAGCACUGGUGCAGGAGGACUGGGCGUUGGAAGCAAGUACGAUCGCAACCAACAGCAACCGUCACAGCAGGAUCAGAGUGGAAUGGGUGGUCAGGGCCCAAUGCCCCAGCGGAUGCAGAACCAGCAGCGGCCGAUUCGAGGCAAUGGUGGUCCAUCCAGUGGCGGACAGGGCUCGCUAAGACCGCAGGACAGUCGUCCCAGUUAUCAGAGGAGCUACAAUAGCGAUGGUGAAGAACGUCGCCAGAGUUCCCAGUUUGGGGACAACCACCAGCUAUUCCUGGGAAACAUUCCACACCACGCCACCGAAGAGGAGCUGACGGUGCUGUUCUCAAAGUACGGUACGGUCGUGGAUCUGCGCAUCCACUCGAAACCGGGAGCCAAGCUUCCGGGAAUUCGCGCCCCUCCGAACUACGGUUUCAUCACAUACGAGGAUCCGACUUCGGUGCAGAACUGUCUGGCGGAUACGCCCCUGUUCUUCCCGGAUAACUCUCCGGACGGUCAGAAGCUUAAUGUGGAGGAAAAGAAGACCCGAAUGCGAGGCCCGGGUGAGACGGGUGGUCGCAUGGGCGGUAGCAAUCUCGGUGGAAACGGAAGCGGUGGACCACGUGGAGGCCCCGGUGGCCCCGGAGGUCAGCAACGUGGAGGCCCUGGUGGCCCACAGGGUAACAUGAAUCGAGGCGGUUCAGGACAGCGCGGCCUGGGUGGAGUCGGUGCCGGUGGUGGUGGCGGCAGUGGCCGCGGUGGAUACCAACGGUCGGACCGAGGCGGCGUGACCGGAGGGGGCCAACGAUCAGGAAAUGGAAACUAUCAUCCAUCGAAUCGCUAAAUCCGGCCCAGUUCAGCAAACGUACAUAAGCAUACCUAAUAGACACAUACACACACAAAUACACACCCAAACGCAUACACCCCGUGAAGCGUAACGCACGCUCCAGGAGCAGCGCAACCCGCGUCAGUAAUAACAAUAAUAUACUACUAUUACUACUAAAUUACAGCAACUACAACUUCUACUACCACGAAGCAGUAGGGGAGAGCAAACAAGCAUCCAUUGUGUGAAUAUAUAACUUAUAUAACGUGUAACUGUAAUAUUCAAUGACUAAACGAAAACAACAAAAAGAAAAUAGGAAACAAACAGUAAUUAUACUAAUUUAAACCUCAAACAAGGACUUAAUGAAAAAACAAACACGAGAAGAAUAUCAAAAAUAAAAAAAAGCAAGAAAAAAAAAUGAGAGUAACUCAAAAACAAUAAUUUCUACACAUUUGAAAGACACAAAGACAACCUACGGAGUAUGCAAAAAACAAAACAAAAAAACAAAAUGGGAAGAAGUGAAUGUAUGACUUAGUAAUUAUACAUUUAGGGAAUAUUUAGCAAACAAGAAGCAAAACGCUGACUAGCUAAUAGGUUUUUUUUACCCAUAAAUAAUUAAAAGAAAAAGGAAACUGCUUUAAACACAACCAGAAUUAAUUCAUGAACUGGAGAAAACUAAUUGAGAAAGUAACUAGGAUUAACUACUAUAGAACAAUAUGCUACCACACUUAUUACUUCAUGUAAUUGUAUUUUAAAGGAAAGAA